AUGGUUCCGAUGCCGAUAGUAAAUGCCUUCCAAUCUAACUGCAUCUUACGCAACACCACCCAAAAACCCAAUGCCAGCACUCCCCAAAUCCCUUUCACUCCACAAGAAAAUUCAUCAAAUUUCCACCAAAAAAUUCCGACACUCCCUGAUCCUAACACGUAUAAUUCACUCCUGCGCUCUUGUUCAUCCGAAAAAUCAAUUCAUCAAGGGAAGCAAAUCCAUGCCCGUGUAAUAACUUCUGGUGCCUCAACAAACACUCAAUUGGAAACCACUCUAGUCACCAUGUAUACAAAAUGUGGUUACUUGGAAGAUGCUUAUCAGUUGUUUGACAGAGUGCAUCAACCAAAUUUAGUAGCAUUAUCCACGCUUGUUGGUGCUUUUGCAAAGUUUGGUAUGUUUGAAGAAGCUCUCAAUCUCUAUUGUGAUGCUUUAGAGAUGAGUUUGCAGCCUGAUGAAUUCGUGUACCCGUCGGUUCUAAAAGCAUGUUCAGGACUUGAUGAACUUAGAAUUGGUACCCAAAUCCACUCUUCUAUAAUGAAGAGUGGCAUCAAUGAGUACAGCAUGUUUGUUAACAGUGCUCUGGUAGACAUGUAUUCGAAAUGCGGAUGCAUAGAGCUUGCUGAAAGAGUGUUCAACACGAUGCAUGAGAGAGACGGGACUUCGUGGAACUCGAUGAUAUCAGGGUUGGCUCAACAUGGCAGAGAAGGUGAGGCGUUGAAUUUGGUUAGAGAGAUGGAAUUGUAUGGACCCAAACCAGAUUGUAUAUCAUGGAAUUUGCUUAUCACAGUGUUUGGCCAGACAAACCAGAUCGAUGAGGCAAUUGGGUUGUUUCGAGAAGCUCAGAAAUCGGGGUUUGAUAGAAAUGUCAUCCUUUGGAAUUCGGUUAUUUCAGUUUGUGCAAAAGCUGGACGAUAUAGUGAAGUUUUUGGGUUCAUGGGGGAGAUGAUAGGAUCAGAUGUAUGGCCUAACACAGUCACAUGGAACUCAAUUAUUUCUGGUUUUGUUCAGAAUGAAAUGUAUCCACAAGCUGAGAAGGCUUUUAGCAAAAUGCUGAGAACCGGGUUCGAACCCAAUUCGGUUACUAUAACAUGCAUGCUUCUAGCCUUUGCUGAUGCAAAUGAAUUAGGGUUUGCACGUCAGCUGCAUGGGCAUAUUAUCAAGAUGGAGCCGGUUCAGGACACACGAGUUUGGAAUUCUCUCUUGGAUGUGUAUGCAAAAUGUGGUCAGAUAGAAGAGGCGGUCCUCCUGUUUAAGAAGAUCUCCUCUGGUUCUAGGAAUCCAGUUCCAUGGAAUUCUAUGUUAUCUGGCUAUUUCCUCCAUGGAUGCUUCGACGCCGCCAUUGAAAUGUUUGAGGAGAUGAAGGUUUCGGGAGUUGAACCAACUGUUAUCACAUGGAAUACUUUGAUAUCAGGGUGUGUGAGAAAUGGGUUUCUUGGGAAAUCGAUUGAAUUGUUGUUAAAGAUGCAGGUUGCCAGAAUCCGGCCAGAUGCUAGCAGCCUUUCAUCGAUUUUGCCGGCAAUUGCCAAUAUGGCAUCUCUAAGAUUGGCCAAGCAAAUACAUGGUUAUGCAAUAAGAUCCAAUUGUUUCUCUCUCAAGGUAGUUUCCAACUCUCUCCUUGACACUUACACAAAGUGCGGGAGCUUAAAAGAUGGCAUCCAUGUUUUCAAUGGGAUCUAUGAACCCGACUUGGUUUCUUUUACUGCGAUGAUUGCUGGAUAUGCAGCACACGGAGACUGCAAAGAAGCUCUCGAUCUUUUCUCGCUCAUGAGAGAAUUGGAUAUUAGGCCAACUAGCAUGACCUUCACUGCAAUUUUAUGUGCUUGUGUUCAUGUCGGAGAUUUAAAAUCCAGUGAGGAGAUUUUCAAUAGCAUGUUGCCGGAAUAUGGGAUAUGUCCGGCGAUACAACACUAUUCGUGCAUGGUGGACCUUCUUGGAAGAGCUGGAAAACUAGAGAGGGCUUGGAAAUUUAUCGAAGAGAUGCCUAUAGAGCCUGAUGGGGAAAUGUGGGGGAGCUUGCUCACUGCUUGUUUUGUCCACCAAAACCUAAUGUUGGCCAAAAGAGUGGCCGAUCGUCUCUUAGCUUUGGAUCCAAACCACACAGGGUGUUUGUUGCUUCUCUCUAACAUACAUGCGACAAAUGGUGAAUGGGAGAAUGUUGUAAGAGUGAGAAAAAACUUGAGGAGUUCAGGCAUCAGGAAAGAACCGGGGUGCAGUUGGAUAGAAGUGGAAGACAAGAUACCUGCAUAUCUGCUUUUGACACACGUGGAACAAGCCAAUGCCCCAGCAGAUGUGCUCGCAAAAGGGUGCUGA